GGUCACACGCCUAAAACAACAUCUUGCUGGUGGAUAUCCGGAUGUUUCUAAUUGUCCAAAAGUUUCUCAAGAAGUUCGUCGUGCAAUGAAAGAGGAACUUGAUGGCAAAAAGACAUUAAAGUAUAAACAACAACGAGAACGUGAACUUGUUGAUAGUCGAAGCUCUAAAGAACCAAUCUAUGAUGAAAUGGAAGGUCGUGGUGAAGUUCCAAAUGACGAAGACUUUUUAGCAGCUCUCAAUGUCUCUCUAACUCAAUAUGACUAUGAGCAAAAUAUGCGACAUAGAAGUGGCUCUGCCAGUGGAAGUGGCUCAACUAUUGCAUCAACAUUAGGAAGGAGUGCAAGUGUUCGUAUUCCUUCAACAUAAGGUGGUAGGUUGUUUUUUUCCUUCUAUGGGACGAAGACAUGCAGUCGAUAUUGCUGAUAUUGAUCCACUAGCAUUCCCAGACCAAGCUAGCAAACAGACUAGGAUUGAUGAUGCAUAUUCAAAAGAGAAGAAGAAAUCAAUCGGUAAAAGUAUUGCUAAAUUUUUCCAAUUUAAUCAUAUUCCCCCUAAUGCAGCAAACAACACAUAUUACCAUAGCAUGGUGUCCAACAUCCAAAAAUCUGGUCCUGGUAUUCAACCUCCGACUGCAUAUGAAAUUGUCGGUCCAUAUUUAGAUGAACAAGUGGAGGAGAUCAAGACUUGGAUCCUAUCAUGCAAGAAACAAUGGAGCUUAUAUGGGGUUACGUUGAUGUGUGAUGGCUGGACAGGACCUACACGGAUGAGCAUCAUCAACUUUCUACUAUACUGCAAUAGAAAGGUGAUAUUUCAUAAAUCUAUUGAUGCAACUACAGAGUAUCAUGAUGACCCUAUAUAUUUCGUUUGAUGGAUAGUGUAGUUCACGAGAUAGGUGCAGAACAUAUAGUACAGGUGAUUACAGAUAAUGGUGCCAACUUUAAAAGGGCUGGGGAGAUAUUGGAGCAAAGGUAUCAAAUAUUAUUUUGGACACCAUGCGCUGCACACUGUAUCGAUUUGAUGAUGGCAGAUAUCGGUAAACUUGAUAUAGUGAAGAAGGUAGUGAAAAAAGGUCAAUCUUUAACAAAAUUCAUCUAUAAUCAUCAUUGGGUUCAUGGAUUAAUGAGGAAAUUUAUUGAUGGGGAGAUUCUGCGACCAGGAGCGACUAGAUUUGCCACUCACUUUCUAUUGUUAAAAUCGUUGAAUCAGAAAAAAGUCGAAUUAAAGGCCAUGUUCUCUUAUGAGGAUUGGGAAGCCUCUCGAUAUUCUAACACGACUGAAGGUAAGGAGGUACAAAAAAUUAUUAUGUCGGUCAGAUUUUGGGACUAUAUCAUAGAUAUUCUUAUAGCAAUAAAACCAUUGUACGUUGUUCUACGUAAAGUUGAUAUGGACAAGAAGCCACAAAUGAGCAACGUUUACCACCUAAUUCAUGAAGCAAAAGAGGAAAUUAAGAGGCGUCUACAAUCACUGACCAAGUAUCAACAUUACAUUGAUAUAAUCACUACAAGAUGGGAUGAUCAAAUGGGAAAACCUAUUCAUUUGGCCGGCUAUUAUCUCAAUCCGGCAUAUCAAUAUCGUUAUAAUCUUGGCACAAAUGAUGAUUUAUUAGUGGCCCUCAGACAUGUAAUAUCAAGACUGCAUACAAACACAGAAUCAAUUGCUGAGACUAUUAAUGAAAGUCGAUUAUUUCGAGAGGCAUAUGGUUCUUUUAGCGAUCCUAUUGCAGUUUCAUGCAGAUAUAAAAUGGAUGCAGGUAAAUAUAGUAAAAAUUAUUACUAAUUAUUGUCAAC